AUGUCGGCGCCUGACAGGAAGAGCCACAAGGCAUGUCACUUGCGCUUCCAUUGCCAAAUGGGUGAUGGGCCGGUGCCCUGCAGGCCGACAACAGCCAAUUGGCCAGCCUUCUUGGAGUUACUUCAAGAUCCAGAGGCGGCCGAGCUUCUGUCAGCGUCUGCCGCACUGCGCAAUGAGCUGGCAGGUGCUUUGGAUCCAUCGGACUGUGAAGAAGUGGCUCGCCUGGAGGAGCUCCUGACGGUCCAGGCCGAGCCGAGAGAGCGUGCACCGCGACCUCGCCGCGCCCGGGCGCCACCUUUGGGUUCGGUGACGCCGACAGGGUGGCUCGAGGAGGUGGUGCAGCGCAGCGCCAACGGCUUGCCGGGGCAUCUCUUUGAGUUCUAUCCCCCCGUGGUGGACUCCAACUUCGUGGGCGGUCGGUCUUCGUAUUCCAGCUUGCUGGAGGACUUCCCCUACGCUCUCAACGGUCUGGUGCCCUUGGCAGCAGCCUCGAAGAGUCCUCGCUUGGCCCAGCAGUGCACCGAUGCCGUUCGACGAGUGCUUGAGACAGGUGGACCGCCAGGUUGGUUGGGGCCUGACGAGUGGCCAGAGGGAGUCAUGGAUCAUCCCGAGGAACGUGCAGGCUUGCUCUCUGCCUCUUUAUGGUCUCGUUGGCCUUUGUUGCAAGCACUGGUGCCUUGGACUUGA